GUACCUCACUUCUAAAAACACAAGAACCAGUAGCAAGCAAAAUGAGUCCCAGUAUCACUGCCGAGGCCAACCAGCCUCUCCCUGCGCGCUCCACAGUGGCCCAGAGAAAACAAGCCAACGAACUUAGAAAGACUCUCAAACCCUUGUUGGAGAAGAGAAGACGGGCUCGCAUCAACGACAGUCUCUCUCAUUUAAAGGGCCUGAUUCUGCCCCUUGUUGGGAAAGACAACGCACGAUACUCGAAGCUGGAGAAAGCUGAUAUUCUGGAAAUGACCGUUCGCUUCCUCAGAGACCUUCCAUCCUCCCCAGUCAAAGACUCUGCAGACAGUUACAGAGAUGGUUACAAAGCCUGUCUCCAGCGCGUCUCCGCUCUGCUCCCGAAAACCAACCUGGACCAGGACGCGUGCCAGCGGGUGCACGACUUCGUGCAGCAGUCCAUGUCUGCCAGCAUCACCCCGACGUGCCUGAACUGCUGCGCCCAGAGCUCGAGGGCUCUGCCUCAGAUCCAGCAGAGACUGCAGAGCCUGAAGUCCAGCUUCAGCGCUCGGCUGGAGAGCCAGUCGCUCCGCAGCGCAGCGGCCGCUCCCAGCAGAGCGCAGUCCGCUCCGCAGCCGCUCCCCGCGGCCAUGUGGAGACCUUGGUAGACGGAAAGGACACGAAGCUUAUGUGUGUUAUUUAUUUAGUCACGUUUACUGUACCUUUUAGAGUAAGGAUAAACGUAGCAAAGAAUAAGAGUAACAAUUGCUGCAGUUGAUGGACAGUAUUUACAUUGAGCAUUUGACAAAAUGUUGCUUUUUCUGCCAGAGGGCACAGAUCUCAAAGAAAACGAAGUCUAUGUACUUGUUUGUUUUUUUUAAUAUGCAAUCCUCUCUGGGGUGUCAAAGAUAUGGGUUGUAGACAACACAUUUGUAAAACCCCACGGGUUAUUUUAAUUGAGGGUUGCACAAUGGACUUAAAAGUAUUUUGGUCUGUGCAACAGAAUAGUCUGUAAACACUGUGUGUUAAAUAGGAUUAUUUUUUUGUAAAUUGAAGAAAAAGCCUUGUUUUGUGACAUUUAAUGUUUUGUCAUGUGACAAAAGACCUGAAAUAAA